GCAGCAAUGGGUUUGGUUUUUUCUUUUUGGGUUUAAGGGCAGAAAGGAAGGGUGGGAGAAGAGAACUAACCUUUAUUGAGAUCAAUAAUGUGCCAGGAACUUUACCUUCUAUUUAAUCCAAAUGGGAAUCCUAGGGCAGGGAUUUUCAAAAUUUAAUGUGCAUAUGAAUUCCCUGGGGAUCCGGUUAAAAUGUAGACUCUGAUUCAGCAGGUCUGGCCUUGGAGGCUGAGAUUCUACAUCUCUGAAAGCUUCUGGGUGAUGCCGAUGCUGCUGGUCCAUGAUUAUACUUCAACAAGAAGAGACUUCUGCCUCGUGUAAGGAAAGAUGGGGAACAGCCAAAUCCACUCGGGCCGGAGUUUUCGUUCCCAGUUUCUUCCUCAGGAGCAGGCUGAGAUCGAUCAGUUGUUUGGUGCUCUCUCAUCUGAUAAGAGCAGCUUGCGUACCUCGCCUAGAUCCUUCUCUCUGCAGGCACUGAAGGAUCAUGUUGGGGGAGCGCUCCCCGCAGGGAUGGUCACCAGACUGUAUGAUGGCAUGCGGAGGGUCGACCUAACGGGGACAGCCAAGGGGCCCAGCGAGAAUGUCUCCCAUGAGCAGUUCACCAUAUCCAUGUCCUACCUGUUAAAAGGGAACUCUGAGGAGAAGAGCCUCGUGAUUCUAAAGAUGAUUUCUGCCACAGAAGGUUCUGUGAAAGCAAGAGAAGUCCAAAAGUUUACAGAGGACCUGGUCGCCUCUGUAGUGCACGUGCUUGACUACAGACAGGAACUGAGAGGCUGGAUGCAGAAGGAAGCACCAGGUGCUCCCUCCAGAGUGCAGGUGAUGGCUGCUCGGCUGCUGUCCAAGAUGAAGCUGCCAGAUGGCAAGAAGCUUCUGGAGCCUGAGCAGCUGGACUGUGUCUGUAGCCAGGCUGUAAUCGAGGACUGGGUGUUCCGGGCUCCCUUCGUGGCCACCUUUUUGGGUGUAGUCAUCCACAAAGGUCUUCUCAUCCUGAGCACAUCCCUCAGUCUGGCCACCCUGAUCCCUGAGCGUCAUGUUGACCAGGGGCGGGAGUUUGCGAGUGUCCUGGAUGUGCUGUCGGUCAUCUACAUCGAUGCCCACCUGCCCAGGGAGCACCGGCACAGGUGGCACCUGCUCUUCUCCUCUGAGCUUCACGGGCACAGCUUCUCCCAGCUCUGUGGGCGCAUCACUAGCCAAGGGCCCUGUGUGGCCCUUCUCGAGGACCACGACGGCCAUGUGUUCGGCGGGUUUGCAUCUUGCACCUGGGAGGUCAAGCCUCAGUUCCAAGGGGAUGACAAAUGCUUCCUGUUCUCCAUUUCCCCCCGCAUGGCUGUGUACGCAUGUACUGGCUACAAUGACCAUUUCAUGUACCUGAACCACGGGCAGCAGACGAUCCCAAACGGAUUGGGCAUGGGCGGCCAGCAUGGCUACUUCGGGCUGUGGAUCGAUGUCGACUUUGGGAAGGGACACAGCAAAGCCAAGCCCACGUGCACCACCUACAACAGCCCCCAGCUGUCGGCCAAGGAGGACUUCCAGUUCCAUAGGAUGGAGGUGUGGGCCGUAGGGGACUUCAAGUCUCAGCCGGCCAAGAGCAACAAGAGCAUCCUGGACGUGGACCUCGAGACCAAGAUCCUGCUGGAGGUCAGUGGGCGAAGCUGGCACAGCGAAGGGCUCCGGGAAGCCCUGGAUGACGCGUGA